GAUCGCCAGUUUCGAGAUACUUGCCCAUAAGAGCAUCACUGCGACAGUGCCGCGGAAUUUCUCAUUGCCAGCUUGCCGUCUCCUCUACACUAAAGAAGGUCUUGGUCUUACCAGCUAUGUACGGGAUCGGGAGAGGAAUGCGGCCGUAGUGGGCUCGAUGAAAGAGCGUUCCAAGCAGAAGUUGGAAGAGCGCGUUAGCGCGGACACGACAUCUCCCGGUUUCGCCAAAGCUGAUCUGAAAAGGAUGUACUAUCUUGCGGAGAACGAUGAAGAUUUGCAGCUGCUGAAUAAAAUGCUGAAGAAGUAUGUCAAGCAGACGGAGAAGAAGCACUUCACUUUCGGGCCGUCUCUCAUGCGACUCUAUCAUCACCUCAAUAAACCCGAUGAGGCCCUAGCCUCCAUUCAAGAUCCCGAUCUGGUCCAUGCGUACGACCAGAUGACUUCCUACACGGUGGCGAUGGACCUGUUGUAUGAAAAUCAGCGCUAUCACGAUGUGGUGAUGCUGUACAAAGCCAUGCUGCAGCGUCGGUUUUGCGAUGACACUGACAGCAUCCACUCCCACGUGCCGAAUUACUGUUUAACCUUGGCCUGUGCGGCAUGCUAUAAGCUGGAUACUCCCGAAACGUACGCAACGGCCGUGGAGUUGCUGAAAGAUGCCAUCGACAAGAAAGCACGACCGGUUAUGCGACGCGCGGUGGCGUUUACGGCUGCUUUAGCUCUGAAAAAUGAUAAUGCGGCCGGUGCACUGGAGCUGCUGCGUGGUAUUCCUUCGCAUCGCAAUUACAAGGCCCCCCGCAACCUGACAGUCUUAUGCCUGACUAGAUUAGGCCGCUUGCACGAGGUCUUCUCUAUUAUGCGGCAUUGGCCCAAUGUGAAGCAUGAUAGCGAAUCCAAAUCGACAGAGUUCCGCUUUUUCCAGGAUGUGAUAGCUAAAGUGAAGAGAGCCGUGAGGAAAAUCAAAGACGACAAAAAGCUGCGCGAUGGUUUCGACAAGACCUUCAAAGAUCUGGCACAGGAUAGGGCCAUUGAUCCCAAGACCCUGAAGGAGGACCUGGAGCGGCCCAUUCAAAACUAUAAUAAAUUAGCGGAACUCCAGGGUCAGGACUUUCGUGGUCGCCCGCCGACCACUGCGACGUGCACUGCACCGGAAGGCGUCUCGGAACCCCUUCGGCAUCAGCGCCACCGCGAUCAGAUGAACAAAGCCGUGGAAACCGGAGACGACAAGAUGCUGCGCCAUGCAAUCGACCAGGUCUUCCAAGCUGUGGAUCCCGACGAUGCAUUUGGCGCCCAGGCCCUGAACGAGUGCUGGGAUCGGCUUAUUGAAGCCAGCUAUAUACCGCCGGUCUCCCAGGGGCUUUAAUUAUUUCCAGCUGCUCAGCACGUUGCGCAUUGCCCCGGAGUCCAUCCAGCGACAGAGCCACCGCGAUAACCAACGCUCGUCGGGCGGCUUGACUGAGAUUGGCGGACGUCACGAGUCGGGCAGCGGUCGCAUGGGCGGGUCUGGCGGCAGCCGCACAGCGGGGGGCGGCGAUGGAGCGCAGCUGAUUAAACGUGACCGGGUGUUGUUGCCCGAACAGGGUAUACAGCGGGUGCGAAGAGACCCGGACAGCGGGAAGGAUAGGGUGCGAAAGACUCACGUUCACCGCGCGACAGAUACCCCCACCCAUUUAAACCCCAAUUGGGACGCGUGAUACCGGCCGCGUGCGGAUUUUCGGAAGCCCGGCGGCGGUUGAGGAACCGGGCAGCGGAAGGGACGGAGCGAUUUGCCCGGGUGACGUGUAACGCGGGUUAGGUUGUUGGUUAUUCGUUGAUCGUUUUGUGGUUGUUGGUUGGGUUGACUGGUGAUAUUAACAGGCCUCUUUUUCUGCAAAUUCUUCUUCGUAGAGUAAUAUAACGAAAUCCCGAGUAGAACGUCGGCUCAGAGUAACGCUGAGCAUAUUCUCCGCCCGAUUUUAUUUUGUCCGUUCACUAAAUUAUCACAAGGCGAAGAACCGCUCCUGUGUCAUACCUUCAUGUCGUUGUUUUUAUUCUUGUUUUUAUUUUACU